AUUCAAAUUACAAUGUCAGAGUCAAUAGGGACACUAGGCUACAAUUCAGAUACCCAAUCCAGGCACGAGUCAGGGGCAAUAAUCAGCUUGCCUUCGCUUUCAGAUACAAGCUCCGUCAAAAAGAAGAGAAAAUUAAGCCAAUCCAGUGAAAAAUAAGGGCUCUAAAGCUAAAAAGCCCAAGAAGAGCAAGCAUAAAGUCUUCGCAAAAAAGAACAAUCAGCUGAUCAGGAUCGAAGAGGCCAACCCUGGCCUUGAAGUCACCCAAAAUUUUAGCAAACAGUCUAACAUCAAAGUGGCAGUCAGGCUUCGCCCUCUUGGGGAAAAAGAGAUAGACGAAGAUCACUUCGAAAUAGUCCAAAUACUUGAGGACAAGGUCGUCCUCCUCCGAGAUCCCUUAGAGAUGAUGAACCAGAAAGAUUUCCUUAGCAUGAAUAGGUCCAAGGAAAAAUAGAUUCGCAUUUGAUACCGUCUUCGAUAAAGAUUCAGGCCAGGUUGAAAUCUUCAAUAAUACAACAAAAACUCUAAUCGAUGGCAUCAUUGAAGGCUAUAAUGCAACUGUUUUCGCAUAUGGAGCUACUGGCGCUGGGAAGACAUACACAAUGAUUGGAAAGGAGCAUGAUCCCGGUCUGAUGUUCCUCACAAUCAAAGAGCUAUUUGAAAGAGUCGCAAAAACCCAAUCUGAUAAAAGUUACCAAAUCAAGGUAUCAUUUUUAGAAAUAUACAAUGAAAUGAUCCGUGAUCUCCUUAUAAUUACCAAUGAAGUCCUUGAACUUAGAGAAGAUUCCACCGAAGGCAUCCAUGUUGCUGGCCUAACUGUGAUAGAUGUCGAUUCACCAGAGGAAGUCAUGGACUUGCUCUUCUUUGGCAAUGCAAACCGUACUCAGGAGGCAACUAAUGUAAAUGCCACCAGUUCAAGAUCACAUGCUGUCUUAGAGAUUCAGGUAGAGCAGAAAAAUAAGUCAGAAGAUGUCAAUGAAGAUAUCAAUAUUGGCAAACUCUCUAUGAUAGAUCUUGCUGGCUCUGAAAGAGCAGCAAGAACUCAUAAUAGAGGUAUCAGAAUGGUCGAAGGAGCUAUGAUCAACAGGUCUCUUCUUUCUUUAGGAAAUUGUAUCAAUGCUUUAGUAGAAAAUAUGAAAAAUGGUAGAAAUCAGCACAUCCCAUACCGCGAUUCUAAGCUAACCAGACUUCUCAAAGACUCACUAGGAGGGAACUCUAGGACAGUAAUGAUUGCGAAUAUUUCCCCAAGUAAUCUCUGUUAUGAAGACACCAGCGGUACUCUAAAAUAUGCUAACAGGGCUAAGAAUAUUAAGACGACGAUCACCAAGAAUAUCCAGCAUGUAGAGCGUCACAUCUCAGAAUACACCAAGAUAAUCGCUGAGCUGAAGAGUGAAAUCUCCGUAUUAAGAACCCGGCUUGCUGAUGGGUCUCCCCCUGUACAAAUGAUCAUGAGUGAAGAAGAUACACAAAAAUUUCAAGAAGCUGAGAAAAACAGCGAGAAAAUAGAGGAGUUCCUCGAAAAACUCUCCUCACAUUUCCUCGAAGAAACCAAGCUCAUCAAGCGUGUUGAUGAACUGACUGCAAAACAUCGUAUGAACGCCUCCUCCACUGAGAACGCACAUGAGCUCCUCGUCGAACUUGAGGGAAAAGUCGGGAAAGGCCACAACAUGUAUACCCAAGUUCAGAAAGAACUUGAGAUCCUCAAUGAAAAUGACCAAAAUUUUAAGUCUAAAAUUGAAGACGCCGAAAACAAACUUGACGAGGUCAAAGAAGCCCGUAUGGCCAUCCGCAAGCAAUGGGAGGAGGAAGUAAUCCCUGAAUAUGGCAAAUAAACUCCUUGAUCUCCAAUAUGAGCAACAUUCACUAAUAAUCAGUAAAAUAAAAGGCCAGUUUUAUGAACAAGAUGUAGAUCCGAUCCUACCAGAUGAAGACCUGUCUAGGCAAAACACUGAGAUUCCAACACGAGAAUUACGUUUCAGUGCCAAUAAGAAGAAGUUAAAUGAGAACUUCUCACAGAAAAUUCUGUCUAAAACCUCUUCAGUGCCUGUUACAUCCACUGCUAAUGAAUCUCCUUAUGAGAGAAAGAAAAGAGAAAUUGAUGACAUGAUUGCAAAGAGAUAUCAAAACUUGAGUAAGAAGACCAAGAAGCUGUCCCAGAAACCUCAUAAAGAAUACCACCAAACUCCUUCAAAUUCAAAUUUUCUACCUCCAAAAAGCAACAAAGUUCGAGUUCCUCACUUUGGAAGGCACAGGCCUCCACAGAAUCGGAAGAAGGCUUACUAUGAUAAGGUCAGCACAGCUUCGAGCAAGAGCUCAAUCUCUGUAUCCAGGAACGACUUCAGCAUGCUACAAAUCUCAGGAACCAACAUUAACAAGGCAGAGGGUUACAAGCAUAUGCCCUUAUUCGGACACAAAUGUUCAACCAAAGAAGAACCAUAAGCCAGUGUACAUAUCAAAAAGAGAUAUCUCAGACGGUAUUUUAAGCUCGAAUGGGAAUAAAUUCUCUGCGAAAAUGCCCAUGGUCUUUAAGAAAGCUCACAAAGCGCAGGAAAAUACCCCACAACUUGAGAAUAUCGGCCCCAAGAUACUGAAUAUAGGAGGGAUGAAUAACUGGACUAACCGGUCGAUUGAUCUAUACAGCCAAGGGAAUUACUCCAAACACAACUUUUAGUUA